AUGGGGCAAAGACGGAAUGCCGAAAGUGUUGUUAUCAACUUUGUUAUAUUUUUGUUGAUUUUACAAAACUGCGGCCAGGCACGCACCCAUCCAGAGAUCGGGCCGAAGCUGCCGCAGAGGCGUGAUGGAUUAGCAAAGUUUGAGUUUAGCGCCCCGCAGCAGCCUGUAAAGGGCUCUGCUGGUGGCCGCAAUGGGUGCGUUGGCCCUGCAGAUCCCCUAUAUGUUUUUAAUUUUGCAAAAAUUUAUGAAACUUUGUAUGCGCAACUGAUGCAGCAGCCGCGCUCUGACGGGGAGCAGCAUGGGCGUGGCCUGCGCCAACCACAAGCACAGCUGCUUUGGGAAACACAAUCGGAGGGGAUUGCAGCUACAACUUCGAAGCCCUUUCAUGUGCUGCAGCAACUGGAGCUGGAUUUGGAGGAGGAACUUAAACACACGACCACAGUGAAACCCUUCAGUGUGCUGGAGCACUUGGCGCUGGAGCAGGAGCAGCAGCUGCAGCAGCACAAAGGGCCAAACGUCAGAUUUAACAUAGUGCAGCAGCUACAAAUGGAGCAGGAUAGGCUUGUCAGUGGCACCACCACAGUGCAGCCGUUUGACGUGUUCGAGCAGCUGGAUCAGGACCUGCAGCAGCAGGAGAAUGGCUUUAAGGUACUACAGCCAGCAGCUAAGCCGCUGGAGCAGCACAAGUCCAGCACAAAGCUGCCGGCGGAGUCGUCACGCGCCAAGGAUAGUCAGAAGCGGAAACGCAAGCGAAUUCGACGUCGCCGCAAGCGGAUUCGCCGUCGCCGCAAGCGCAAACGCCGCCGCGGCAAGAAGAAGCGCAAGAAGAAACGCAAGAAGAAGGAUAAGAAAAAGAAAAAAAAGAAGCGCAGAAAGCCCACAGCGCACCAGCACGUACUGGGCCAGCAGGCCCAACUGAUCUUUGCCAAUCCCACCAAGCAGCCCUAUCACGCGCACCACGGCCACUACUCCCACAACUAUCCACACAAGCCGAUGGCUCCGACCACAAUCCUGCAGUUGGUGACAACGAAGCGACCUGUGACCAGCACAAAGGCGCCGUUUAGCAAGAUCAAGUAUCUGCUGCGGCACAACAGCCUGUUCAAGAAGAAGAAGAAGGAGUGGGUCAAUCAUGUGGGUCACGUUUUGUAUCCCUUCAUCAAAUUCGUUGCCUUUUUUACUGUUCUCAAUCCCUUCACACUGGGCGUCUUCCUCUUCACUUUGAUCUCGCCCGUCGUCUUUGGAUUUCUGGGCUUUGUUGCGCUAAGCGUGCUGGUGAAACCCUUCCUCCACCUGGUCUUUGGCGUCAAGCGUAAUGUGGACUACAUCGAUCGAAAACACUAUUUAGCUAAUAAGCGCGCCGAGCAGCUCAAGCUAAACCUGCGUCCGGUGACCAUUCACAAGCACUUCUAUCAACAAAGGCCACUACAUUCAACACCGCCGCGUCAUCAUCCGCCGCUGGUGGAUUGGCGGCGACAUGCCACACAGCCGGACCAAAGGCGGCACAAUCCAUUGCUGCCCAGAGAACGAACAGCUCUGUCUCAGGAAGAUCUGUAUUAUGACUAA